AUGGUGUACAGCGAGACCAAGUUGGAGCCGCCAACGCGACUGCGCGUGCUCAUCGUGCGGCACGGCGAGACGCGCGAGAACGUGGAGCGCAUCAUCCAGGGCCAGCUGGACACGGACCUCAACGAGCGCGGGCGCCUGCAGGCCGACACCACCGGUCGCUUUCUCGCCACCACGCCCAUCGACCGCAUCAUCGCGUCGCCGCUCAAGCGCGCUGCGGACACGGCGCGCGCCAUCCUCAAGCACCAGCCGUCGGGAUCGUUGCAGCUCGAGUAUGACGACCGCCUCAAGGAGCGUGCGUUUGGCGUGCUCGAGGGCAAGGUGUACAACGGCGGCGCCAAGAAGCCCGAGGAUACCGAGGGCAUUGAGCGCAUGGAGCCGUUCUCGGAGCGUUUGGCGAGCUUUUGGAACGAUCUCGUGACACGCGCGGCUGCCCCGCAUUCGGACCCAGCCGAACGCAUCGAGACGGUGGUGCUGGUGUCGCACGGUGCGGCCAUCAGUGCGCUCAUGAACCAGGUGCUCACUCCCGGUCGAUACUGCCUCGUUCCGCCGUCCGUCGUUCCGUCGCGCUUCUGGAAUUGCUCGAUCACCGAACUCGCCGUUCCCGUGAUUCACACUUCGUCUGCGUCGAUCGCAUCCACCUCGGCAGGCAACGCGUCUCGGCGAGCCGACUGGUCCAUCCGUCCGAUCCACCUGGGCGUGCAGGGUGCGCAGUUCAUCCUGGACCACGAGGUGCAGAAGAAGCUGCUUGGCACGAUGCGCGAGCGUGCGCUGCAGGAUCGUGCUGCCCAAGACACGCUGCGCGAUUUCGAGGCGCACAUCGCCAAGACCGCCGCCGAGUUCGAACGCGAUCCGCAGGGCAAGCUCCAACUAGCGGCCGAUGUCAUCCGUGCGCCUGAUGGCACCGCUGUGCAGGCGGAUAUCGGUCACGGCCCCGCCAUCGGCACCGUUGUGCAGUGGUCCAACAUCGACCAUCUCAAACACCUCGACGAGCCUGCUGCCAACGCAGACAAGGCCUCCAAGCCGAACAAUGUCAACGUAGACGAACUCGUCAAGUAG